AUGGAAAUCUUGGAAGAGUUUUUGGGGUCCAAUGAUCACUCAAUUGUUAAAGGGAAACGUACCAAGCGGCAAAGGCCAUCGUCCUCCACCUUGUCAUCAAGCGGUGCCACCGCUCCCACCUGCGGAGAUGGAGGAGGAGGUUUCUAUUCAUUGGUUACAUCUCCCACAACCUCAAUUUCUACAAACAUUGAGGAAGACGAAGAUAUGGCCAAUUGUCUAAUUCUUUUGGCACAAAGUGUUGUUUCACUACCAAAAAACGCUACAACGACGAAAGAUAGCAUACAUACUUAUGAAUGUAAAACUUGCAAUAGAAGUUUUCCAUCAUUUCAAGCAUUAGGAGGCCAUAGAGCAAGCCACAAGAAGCCCAAACAACCGGAAAAUGAUAGAAAAGAAACUCCGGUCAAUGCCCAGUCCGGCGUUCACAAAGUAGAAGAAGAAGAAGGACAAUCCCACAAAAGUUUCCAUGGUUAUAUUCAUGAUAAGCCUAAAAUUCAUGAGUGUUCAAUAUGUGGUUCGGAGUUUUCGUCAGGACAAGCAUUGGGAGGACAUAUGAGAAGACAUAGGAAUCCUAAUAGUACAAGAGUUAAUGAAUCAUCAUCCCGUGAUGCUGAGAAGCCUAAAAAUAUUCUUGAAUUGGAUCUUAACCUGCCGGCACCGGCAGAAGACGAUCACGGGCCAGGGUCGGAGUCAGGGUCGGGGCCGGAGACAAAGUUUCGAUUUUCUUCCAACCAUCAAGGUCUAGUCUUCUCUGCCGUGGCCUUGGUGGAUUGCCACUACUAG